CCUCCGGCAGAGCUGCAAACGCAGCGGCAGUACGACAACGUUGGUCCAGUCUUAGCAGAUCAGUUACCGAGUUUGCGUACGUCAAAAUGACCUUGGCCGUGAGUGUUACUAAAGAACUAUUUGGUUAAGAGGGACAAAUAUCUUCGGAGAAAUUACUGAAGGCAAAUUAUCGCUGAUGUACGAAAGUGUUUCCCGCGGGGUUAUGUGAACUUCAUCGGUCUUAUUGGCGAGGAUCGUUUUAGGAAUGCCACGAGUGACUAAAAUUGGGGUACUCUCGAUUCCUUCGUCUUCCUAGCAGUAAUGACACAGGUAUGAAAGGGACGUGAAAUGGAAAGAUGGCAGAUAAGGAACGACUAAACGGCUGGUUCUUUUCUGUCGUUUUUAAUGUAGCAACGACACCUACAACGACAGGUCGGAGCUCUCUUAACUCAGGAUUUACAGAGCUGAUGGACUAACCCUCUUAUCGGCAAUAAAAUCAUCUAACUUCUUAUUGUCUUAAACCUGAUUUAUGCGACAGAUGAACUUGUGGGACGUACCAAGCUAUUUGUUGUGAGUUCCGUUUAUUGUUAGUAAAUCGUACGAAGAGAGGAGGAAGUGCUGUUAAAAAGGUUCUGGACCCUGUGGAAAAGCAAAUGUUUGCCAGCGUCUUCCAGGAAACGUUGAGGCCCUGGUUGAGGGUGUCACACCUGUGCUGCCAGUAAUGGUGACGCUGUAAAUCAGCAGCCUAGCCCGGUGGGGGUUUUUGGAAGGAGGGUCAUUCGGCCCGAAGAUUUCUCAGUGGAAAGCGGUACGACGGUGUCACUGCCAUUCAAGGGAUCCACCGGGUUCUGCCGAGUGGCCUCGGUUCUGCGCGGUCGCUGUCGACGACGAGAAAUGACGUUUUGCGCUCUGUCCAGUGUAGACUUGUUUAUCAAACAUCUGAGUGUCUAGUAACAGUUCAAUAAACGAGCAGUAUUUGGAGAUGACACAAAGGUAUUGAAAAGCAAAGCACCGAAGUUAUUAAAAAGCUCAUCAUCAUCACGCCAUUAUUGUCGCUCUGUUUUCAACCACUCGACACGAGCAAGAUUAGUGAAGUUAUUUCGAUCAUUUAGCCUCAUUCCUGACUCAUUGAACAGUUGACGAUAAAGGACUGAAUACGGAUAACGAUGGAGGAUUUGGAAUCGUUUAACACGAGCGAUUACAACGCGACGGUGAAUACCAGUAAUUACAGCAUCGCAGCGUCAUCGGAGUGUAGUCAAGAUAUCCUGGAUUUCGAGCCUUCAUUCACAGAGUUCCUUGAAGCUCUGGGCAUUGCAGGAUGGAUGCUCGUGGGCUUUGCCACCGCGGCCUUCCUCUUGCUGAUAAUCCUGUACGUGGAUACGUUGGCUUACGUCAUCAAGUAUACCCAGCCGAGACACAAGGCCACGACGGCUAUUGUCCUCUCUGUUUAUCCGGUAAUUGGACUGUGCAGCUACCUUGGUCUGCUGUUCCAGAAGGCCAAUACGUUCCUGGACGCUAGCGCCCAGGUCUACUUCGCCGUCUGCAUGUGGCAGUUCUUGGUCCUGACGCUCAACUACUUCGGAGGGGAGUCUCGCUUCGUGGCCAAGAUGGAGGGGUCGGCGCUCUCGUGGAAAGGGCCGCCUUGCUGCUGUUGGCCCUGCUGCGUCUGCCCUUCUUCCAGAGCUAAUAAGCGCCAAAUUAGGUUUGUGAAGAUAUUAGUGAUGCAGCAUACUUGGGUGCAGAUAGUGGUCUCCAUAUUCCAAGUUACUCUUUGGUUGGAAGGAUGGUACACCCACUUAGACAUGCGCCCAAACAACGGCUAUAUUUACAUCUACCCGGUAGCGACGACGUCUUUCGGGUUCGCCCUGUGGGCGUUCAUCGUGGGUUUCAAAUCCUCUCUGAGGCACCUGCGGGAAUUUUACUACGUGCCCAAGAUCGUGGCUUUCCAGUUGUGUUUGUUCUUCCUCAGAUUGCAAGCUAUCAUCGUCAACUCCAUCCUCGUGCCCUCUGGAGCCUUUCCUUGCCUCCCCCCAAUCUCGCCGAAAGUCUUCGCAAAUACGUUUCUAAACGCGUUACUGAUGGGACAACUGGUAUUUCUGAGCGCCUUAGCGAGACACUACUACAAGAAGCCUAUCCCAGACGUCGUGACGCUUCCCUUCGAUACGGAUUCCAAGGAAAACUACAAGAAUGGAGACUUCAAAGCCCCCCGGGAACUCACGCCAGUCGGGGAGAAGGGCCUCUUCAAAGGCAGCGUCCGCGUCUCGACCCCAUCCCAAGAUAAGGACGACGGGGCUCCUCUCCUCGACAAAGUCAUCACAAGGCCUCCACCUCCCUACGAGUCAUGAAAAUGAAUCAUUUUUGGUUGGGGGGGCGGGUUGGAUCCGAGGCUCUGGUAAAAUGUUUACCUUAAAUGUUUCGUAGACGAGUGGCUAAAGUGGAGAGUCAGAAGUGCAUGAUGAUCAGUGUUGCUCUGAUUCUUUCAAGUUCAAUUAAAAUGAUUAAUCGUUCCACAGAUGUUCAGUACGACUUCAACUUACGAAGGAAGCCAUUUCCAAAUAAUAGAGAAACUCGUCUUAAUUAAAUCUGUUGGUUAGAUACUCAAAUUGGGAUUUGUAAAGAAUUAGGAUUAAAAACUGCAUCGCUGUGAUAAGUCGUUGUUGGUUUUCCUAGUUUUGGAAAAAGAUUUCACAUUAUGCAGAAUUAUUGAUAAUCAAGAUACGAGGCUGUUGUAAUUUAAGAAUUGUAAUUAUAGUUAUUUUUCAAAUCAGCCGAUAAUCAGGAUACGAGGCUGUUUAAUUUAAGAAUUGUAAUUAUAGAUAUUUUUCAAAUCAGCGGAUAAUCAGGACACGAGGCUGUUUAAUUUAAGAAUGGUGAUUAUAGCAAUUUUGCAAAUCACGGAUAAUCAGGAUACGAGGCUGUUGUAAUUUAAGAAGUGUAAUUAUAGUUAUUUUGCAAAUCGGCGGAUAAUCAGGACACGAAGGCUGUUGUAAUUUAAGAAUGGUAAUUAUAACAAUUUUGUAAAUUAGCGGAUAAUCAGGAUACGAGGCUGUUGCAAUUUAAGAAUUGUAAUUAUAGCAAUUUUGUAAAUCAGCGGAUAAUCAGGAUACGAGGCUGUUGCAAUUUAGGAAUGAUCAAUACUAUAUUGGCCUUGGGAAUGAUAAUCGCAGAUAUGCAGGUUAAUCGGUAUGAUUAGAAUAGGUCGAGUUUUCCGUUCUGAGAAAAAUAUGAUCGUCAUAUACAGCGUGAAUCUGGAUCUGCAUCUCUUUGAUGAAUAUUUUCACUUCAGUUCAUUUCCGCAAAUGUUCCUUUUUAUCGUAUUUAAGCUGCAUACUGAACUACCUAAUUACUCGUAAGGUUUGAUACGUUCACUGAAGUCCUGAUACGAAUGAUUCGCUAUGAAACCCAAAUGGUCGAGUGAAGGUGAAGUCUAAACGAGUGAUUCUUGAAGAUAAGGUCUAAUUGAUUGACUGUUGUGGAUGAGGUCAAAAGGAGUGCUUGCUAAAUAUAAGGUGCUAUCAAAUGAUUGCUUGAAAUAAUGUCUAAAUGAGUCAUUGUAGAGGAUGAGGUCUAAACAAAGGAUUGUUAAAAAUAAGGCUCCAAUGAGAGAUUCUCAAAAAUAAAGUUUAAAUGAGUGAUUGGAAUAAGGAGAACAUAAGCUUUUAUUGGAGAUAGGGUCUGAAUGGGUGUUUGUUAACGAUCCAAACGAGUGAUUGAUGAAAAUAAGGUUCAAACAAGCGCUUGCUGCUGAAUCUAAGGUCCAAACAAGGUCUGUUACAGAUCAGGCCUAGAUGAAUGUUUGUCGAGGAUAAGGUAUGCAUGAUUGAUUAUUGAAGGUGAAGUCUAUAGGAAUGAUUGUUGAAGGUAAAGUCAGUCUAUAGGAGUGAUUGUUGAAGGUAAAGUCUGAAGGAAUGGUUGUUGAAGGUAAAGUCUGAAGGAGUGAUUGUUCAAGGUAAUGUCUGGGCAAGUGAUUGAUGGAAGAUAAAGACACUAAAAAGUGAUUGUUUGUCGAAGAUAAGAUUUGAAUGAGAUACUGUUCAAGACAUGGCCUGAACACGUAUCAUUUAAGGUUCAAACGAGUGAUUGUCCAAGAUAAAGCUCUAAAGAGCGAUUGUUGAAGAUGAGGUCUUAAUGAGUGAUUGUCGAUGAUACAGGUCUACAGCAGUGAUUAGUACUCCAGGAAAAGAAGUUUAUAAAUGUAUUUAUGAUGAUAUCUGUCUUGUGUUUGUUGUGGGAUUAUAUGAGUUCUGGUAAUCAGAAAUGGAUGAGUAUUUUAUAAGAAUAAAGUCAUCAUUAUAUUAAUUACCAGGUAUUGUGUAGAAUGAGGAUAGGAGAGAGUAAACAUCAAGAUGUGAAGUGCAAGUAGGUCCCCUUUAGUUUCCUCUUUGAUUAGAUUUUAAUUAUGAUAUCUAUAAUUCUUCGAAUAUAGAUAACUAGUGCCUCUACAAAUUACAGUACCUUCAAUUUCAUAUAGAACUACACAUACAAACGUACACACACACCUUGCCAUUUUCCAUGGCACACACACACACAAACUACCAUUUCCAUGACAUACAGACAUACACUCACACACUGCUAUUUUCCAUGACAUAUACAUCCGCACUGCUAUUUUCAUAACAAAAGUGGUUCUAUGGAAAAAUGACCGUCACUUCCACAUUCAUCCUUCAACUACUGACUCAUGGGAGAUCUCUGUGAAGAAAACUUCAAGUACAUACUAUACGUAUUCGGGAGGCUUGUCAGCAACGCUGUGGGCUCUUCCCCACCCUCCCCCCUCCCCCUCCCCUACUUAAGACAAAUUUCUGUCUCGCACGAGCUUCUGCUCUUGAUCAUUCCUGGGUAUGAUUUCUACCUGUUUCAACGCCUCUUGUGGCCACCUUUUUCUCAGUUUUACUUUCCUUUCUCCCAGGAACUUUUGCCACCCUGCUGCCUUCUAUUUCAUCAAGUGACCCAACCACCUCGAGGGGCAAUGACCCAUCGUUCCACCCUAACAAAUCUGUUUGUCGCAUUGCUUUAUAUUUCCAAAUUUACCGGCCUUUCAGUCAUCGUUACUCUGUAUUUCCUAAAUAAAAGAUCAUUCUCAACAGCUUUUCAUUUUCGUGAAUUCACAUUCAACAAGCACACUUUACUUCCAUAAAUGACAGUUGACUUAACAGUCCCUUGAACGUUAUACCUUUGCCAAACCUUUCUUAGAAAUCUUGUUGUCUUUGCCUCAGUUUUUCUUUCAUCUUACCUUCAUUCAUUACACUGACUUCCAAAUCCCUCUAUUAAAUAAUUACAUUUAUCCUUAUACCGUCAAAACUGAAAAUCUAUUUUCACUGUCUUGGGUUUUGUUUAUCCUUAUUCCUUUACUCUUGCGAACAUUAGCUUUGUUUUAUGUUUCCUGACUUUCAGUCUUAGCAUUUUCUGCAGCUUCUCUUUGGUAUAACUAACAUUGUGUCAUAAACAAUUAUCAACCGCUCCACGCUCCAGUUAGGGAUUGUUUCCUUAUCCACAGCUUUUCACCUACAUCUUAAGUCAUUCCUUCAACUCUUCUCAUUGCUCCAUUUAUAAGAUUAUUGAACAUCCAUGAAGAUGAAGACAUGACACCCUCAUUUUGGCUCACUUUUUCCAACUCAGUCACGCAUGUCUUCAUGUUCUAUAAGAAGCCCAAUGUGCAAAAUAACUUAGAAUAUCUCACAGAAAGUUCCUUUUAACACCAUUCGCGUUGCAUCGCUAUCAUUUCAGUCAUGAGCCUUCUGUAGGUCCAUGCAUGCCACAAGCGCAACUUUUUCCAUCUAGCCUUAGACUUUUCACUCGACUAUUCCAUGUGCAAAAAACUUGAUCUGGACACCCUCUUCUUUAUAUGAAUCCCACUUCCCCUGUCGGCAUCUUUGUUAACUCGGUCUCUUAUUCAAAAUCCUACAGUGUUCCAUUAUGUCCCUCGUAUACGUCUUUGUGUUGUGAACUUUUCUUUCACCUUUCCCUAUUGUACAGUGGAAUAGUUAUUCCUCUUAACAGUCAUUUGGGAACUUUUCCUCGACCAAACAUGCCUCACCCUGGUCAGCCGCUUGAUCACUGCUGCAACCGUACUCCAAUUCAUCACUCGUAGCCUCAUCAAAUCUUAUCCAUUUCAGUCUUCAACUCUUUCCAUUCUUUACAUCUAUCAUUACAUUCAUGUCAGUGACUUUCAUGAAUGCUGUUACAUUCACACUAAUCCAUUUCUCUUGCAUUUCUUAAAUAUAUCAUCCUCACUCUCCAACUCUUCGGAGAACUCAUUACACCGACAGAUGAUUACAUUAUUCACUUCGGGCACCAUCUCUUCAUUUGCAUCGUUAAUUCCAAGUUCCCUGUGUUCAUUACAUUGCUCUCCUCAUACUCGUCCGGAACACCUUUUUCUCUCUACCAUGCUACCUUAAAAUCACCCCUGUAUCUUCAUUCAUCAUUUCUUGUCAUAUAUCACUUUCUUGUCUUGUCCAGCUUAUUAUAUGGCAGUAUAGAUCUGUUCUCUGUCUCUGUAGCACAUCAAAAAACCUUUUAGACUUCAGAAAACCUCUCUUGUUACCACUAACUGCUUUUAUUCCUUUUUUUUUAUAUUGCUAUGUUUGUGAAGAAUCCCUGCUGACUCCUCAAUUACACCACUUAAUUUUGUAUACUUGCCAUAACUCCCUCCACUUACGUGGCUCUCAUCCUUGCCCAAUUUUCAUGUUUUUUAUGCCAUUUUCACCUUUUGUCGUAUUUCCUUUCUCGUAACAACAUAUAUCAUAUUUUCAACCUUUCUCUAAAUAGAUCUACCACUACCCUAUAUUUCACUUGCAGUCUGAUAACUAUCAUAAAAACCCCCAACCACCAGUCAGAUUAUGAUCAUAGCUACCACCAUCAACUAUCAUCAACUUGGUCUUAUCUCUACUAAGAGAGUCUUUCCUUUAUCAUUUUCAUUUCCCAGAUAAUUUCAUGAAUAUUCUCUUUUGAAGCCAUAUAUUCCCAAUAAUCAAGACCCUCUUACACAAUACUUCAUUAAGAUCUCUCCAUCUUUCAUUUUAAGUAUUCCAUAACUAUUUACUAAACUUUUUUUUAUCACAUGCCACUCCAGUUAAAUCACACCACAAUCAAUCUCACUCUUUCUCUAGACCCACCCAGUUACAGAUUCGGACUUACCCAGAAACUUCCACUGUAAAUAUCAUUCUUGUUCUAUGGUUAUUAUAACAAGUUUUCUUGUACCACUCCCGGUUGUACCAAAACAAACCUUGGACUACCAUAUUUGUAGUCUUUAACCUGAAUCUCCAGUCCCAGCAGUCUUCCUGACACAACAAUCUCUAGGUACCCCUUUCCACGCCCUGCAUCUCUCAGCCACCCCUUUUGGCUCCCUGCUCUGCCAACAAGGAAUCAGAGAUAUUAGUUUCUGGUGAUUAGAAAUUCAUUUAUCGAUAAAAUGUGGUUCGGGUCCCACAAUAAGCUGUAGGCCCCGUUGGUAGGUAACCAGUUGGUUCCUAGCCAUGUAAAAAAUAUCUAAUCCUUCGGGCCAGCCCUAGGAGAGCUGUUAAUCAGCUCAGUGGUCCGGUUAAACUAAGAUUUACUUCAUUUAACCCCUAUUGGCUUUUUACUUUCGUCCUAGCCAGUGCCGGAAUGUCUUAUUUUGAGCCAAAAUAUUACAAGCUCAGAAUAUGCAUACAGGCAUUCUGUAAAACAUACUCGUAUACAUUUGAUGUUCAUUAGAAUUAACCAGUAGAACUACUUACACUAUUUGGUCAUUAUGUUAUAAUUAGUGAAGCUUCUGUACGUAUAGAUGUUAUUUGUUUUCUAAUUUAGGCAUUUCGUAGUUGUUAUAAUUUUAGUUUUAAGUCUUGCCAAAGGCUACAUAUAGUAUGUCAGUCAUCCAAUCAAGAAUGAAAUCAUUUUCUGUAAGAUUAAUCUCCGCAACAAAACAAUGUGAGAAUUUUAUAUGAAUUGUUACAUUAACCCAGGAAAGUGAAUAAAUAGUGCCUAUAACAUAUCCUUAUUAACCUUAGUGUUUUUGUUAUGUGUUAAUUUGUAAACUGUCGCCUAUGGCAAUAAAAGUUUUUUUUCU